AUGUGUAUCGCUGUUGCUAUUACAGAUGGCACAGAAAUGGCAACCUUUCGAGGACGUAUUUUGAACGGAGUGCAACAGCAUUUUCCUGAAAAGUAUCGCUUAUAUAGGGCUGCUGAUAAGGGACGAAAAGAUGGUGCCCGCAUUUUUGAACUGACAGGUUCAGCGGAUUCCUUCAUGCGUUGGGAGUAUGAUCGUUGUGCCAGUGAUCGGUCUUCACGGCUUGCGCAGGCAAUUAACUUCAUUGGUGCUGCAGAGGCAUUUUCGAACGAUGAUGAUGACGAUCACGAGCCGGAGCCGAUUUCUUGA